UUAUCGUCUCAGCUGGUCUCCAUUUGUCUGGCAACUACUCGAGAGUAGGGGAGAGAGAGAGAGAGAUAGGUGAUGGGAUUUUUUUUCUUGCUUCACUAGUUGGCGAAGAUAGAACCGUUACAGAAACAGCAAUGGAGCAAUAAAUUAUUGUGAGUUUUAUUUAUUUCUCCAAGAUUUGCUGCUAGGCAAAGCCUGUGAACCCUCGUCUUUCAACUCUUCCAGUCAACUUGGGACACGGGAGACAGCUAAAUAGCUUCUGGGUUAGCUUUACUUUAUCUUCCAAAGCUCUGCCAUGGCUUCCUGAUUCCUCUUUAAAGAUAUGGGUUUGAUUCAAGUGUUCCUUGAUCACCAUGCAUUUCAUUGCAUUCAUAACUAGCAAAAAGGAUACUGUUGAAGAUGGAGCUAAUUUUUGCAGUUUUGGUAUUGGCUUGCUUAUGCUCUUUUGCAUUGCCUGAUUCACAAGGAGAGGCACUCUUUUCAUUGAGGACUUCAUUGAAUAGUUCACCCGAUCAGCUCAAGGACUGGAACAUUAACCAAGUUAAUCCAUGCACUUGGUCCAAUGUGAAUUGUGACCCUAACAAUAAAGUCAUUUCUGUAACAUUGUCAAAUAUUGGAUUUUCUGGCAUCUUGUCCCCUAAAUUAGGAGCCUUGACAACUCUUCAAACACUUGCAUUGCAAGGAAAUGGAAUAACUGGCGAGAUACCAAAAGAGUUUGGAAGUCUGACAAGUUUGACCACCUUAAAUUUAGAUGACAAUAAUUUAAGUGGUGAAAUACCAUCUUCCCUUGGUAAUCUGCAAAAUCUUCAUUUCUUGUCUCUGAAUCAAAAUAAUCUGAGCGGGAUUAUCCCAGAGUCACUUUCAAGUCUUACAAAAUUGAUUAAUCUUCAGCUUGCCUCCAAUGCUCUCAGAGGUCAAAUACCCCAGCAGUUAUUUCAUGUCCCAAAAUACAAUUUUACAGGAAACCACCUAAACUGUGGCGUAAAUCUCUCCCACCAUUGUGAAUCUGAUAAUGAUGAUUCAGGCUCUUCAAAUAAGCCAAAGCUUGGAAUUAUAAUUGGAGUUGUUGGAGGGAUUAUCGGUUUACUUUUCCUUGGAGGCUUGCUCUACUUUAUCUGCAAGCGUAGACACAAAGGCUACAAGCGUGAAGUUUUUGUGGAUGUUGCAGGUGAAGUUGACCGAAGGAUUGCAUUUGGUCAAUUAAAAAGGUUUUCAUGGAGGGAAUUGCAGCUAGCAACAGACAACUUCAGUGAGAAAAAUGUUCUAGGACAGGGAGGUUUUGGAAAAGUCUAUAAAGGAGUGCUCUCUGACAACACAAAAGUUGCUGUUAAGCGUCUCACUGAUUAUGAGAGUCCUGGGGGAGAUGCAGCUUUCCAGCGUGAAGUUGAAAUGAUAAGUGUAGCUGUUCACAGGAAUCUCUUACGACUGAUUGGAUUUUGUACAACUCCAACAGAACGCCUUUUGGUGUAUCCCUUUAUGCAGAAUUUAAGUGUUGCCUACCGGUUACGAGAGAUUAAACCUGGGGAGCCUGUUUUGGACUGGCCCACAAGAAAGCAGGUGGCUUUAGGCACGGCCCGUGGGCUAGAGUACCUACAUGAACAUUGUAAUCCUAAGAUCAUUCAUCGAGAUGUUAAGGCUGCUAAUGUACUACUUGAUGAAGAUUUUGAAGCAGUCGUUGGUGACUUUGGCUUGGCAAAGUUGGUGGAUGUUAGAAAGACUAACGUGACAACUCAAGUUCGUGGCACAAUGGGCCACAUAGCACCUGAAUACUUGUCCACUGGGAAGUCAUCAGAAAGGACAGACGUUUUUGGCUAUGGGAUUAUGCUCUUAGAACUUGUAACAGGACAGCGGGCAAUUGAUUUUUCACGCUUGGAAGAAGAAGAUGAUGUUUUGUUGCUUGACCAUGUCAAGAAGCUGGAAAGGGAAAAAAGACUGGAUGCUAUUGUAGAUAACAAUCUGAAUGAUAGUUUCAACAUCCAAGAAGUAGAAAUGAUGAUCAAAGUUGCACUUCUUUGUACACAAGGAUCCCCUGAAGAUCGCCCAUUAAUGUCAGAGGUAGUACGGAUGCUAGAAGGAGAGGGUCUGGCUGAACGGUGGGAAGAAUGGCAGAAUGUUGAGGUUACUCGCAGGCAAGAGUAUGAAAGACUACAAAGGAGAUUUGACUGGGGAGAAGAUUCAGUUUAUAACCAGGAUGCUAUUGAGUUAUCAGGUGGGCGAUGAGGUAAUAAAUAAUUUUAUACUUGUUUUCUCACCUUCAGCAUGUCAUAUCCUUUUUGGUAGGUUAGCUUGGUUAAACCCGGAAUGGAGCAUUCUGUAUUCCAAAAAUCAUAAUAUCAUGAUUUUUAUUUUCUGUUGUGAUGCUUUUGCUGCAAGCCCUUUUUCCCUUACUUGAUUUUGUAACUUUUAA